CAUAAUUAUGGUUCUCAACUAGCUAUAUACUUUAAUAUGCUCUGAUUUUCUUUUUCUUAUAUAUGUGAAAUAUAAAAUUUACAAUUUGAUCAGUUUAAUAAAUUUUAACUUUCACAUUUUUUAUUUGAAAGUCCAGUUUUGAUCUUUAAUUUCAUGAAUCUUUUUCACCCUUUCGAGACCCUUCUGAAUGGGCAUUCAAGUUAACGACUUAUUUGAUCAUAAAAAAUUACAAUUACUUAUUUCGUAAAAUUGGUUAUUAAAAACAAACUGGUUAAGUUAUUCAAUUUAUAACAAUGAGUCGGUCCUUGCAAAAUAGUCAGGCACACCGGCCAAAUUUUUAUUUGUCAAAGAACACCAAACCUCCUGAAAACAAACACCAAGUCGUAUUAAAAAACAAUAAAACAGAAAAUUACAAAUCUACCAGCGAAGAAAAAAGAGUAAUAUCACACAUGACAGCAGAUAAUUUGAAUGAAAUUGACGAAAAAUUAGCGGAAACAAAAUAUAUUCCAGGAAAGAAAAACGUGUCAAUUCCUUUGAAAAAGUUGAACACAAUUAAUAGCUCGCAGCCAUCCAAUCCGACAAAAGACGGUUUCGCAGCUUUGGGCAGAAUUCGAAAAGUGCAUCAGCAGAACAAGGAGAAUUAUCAAAGAUCGAGAUCAUUGGAGACAAUUUCAAAACAACCCAAAACUGAACCUGAAAACAAACAAGGCUUAGACGAAGAAGCAAGUACAGUCUUAGCUGAGAGCAAUUUGAUGACAGGUCAAAGUCAGUUGAAAAGUCACUACGUCAGAAACAGCCGAGAUUCGAACCAUAUGUGGAGUCAGAAUAUGAAAAAAAUGAAAUCCCAGAACGAAUUGUCACUAACGGCAGAAAACACGUCAACGAGUUUGAGAAAUGCAACGCCUGUGACAAAAUCGAUGGAGGAUUUGAUUGCUUUGCACCGACGAACUCAGAACUCGGAGGCCAUACAAGAAAGAAUCGCGCGGACGACGAAUCUGAAGUCGAAAAGUCAGGAAAAUUUGACUUCUUUUGGGAGUCAUUUGCAGUUCUACCAAAUCCACAACGAUGACUCAAAUAGUUUAUCAGCACCUGAAAAAAGUUGGUUUGAUAAAGGGAUCCCGAAUAAAGUUUCAGCGACUGAUACGAAAGACACCGAUAAACCGGCACGAAUUUCGGAAAAACAAAACGGCCGAAGCUUAGAACCCCUCUUCUCAAAAACUGCAAAAAAUGAUCCGGAGCCAGAAUCUGAUAACUUGAAAUACAAAGCAGCAACUCGUCAAAAUACUUCAACAACGCUACUGAGUUACAACACAGUGACAUCUUCAGCACCUGCUGGCGACCAAAUUUCAGCUUCAAGAAAAUCCCGGAUAAGUCCAGAGCAACAUCCAGAGUUUCAAAUGAGUUCAAAACUUUCCCUUAUGGCGGAAAAACAUUCAAUUGGAGAAUCAAAAGCAAACAGUCAACUUCCAAGUCGCGAAAAUCGAGACUCAAAACAAAAUCACACGGAGAAAAUGUCUCUAAAUCCAGUCAUGAAAACUUCUCAGCCGAUUCCAGAGGGUUCGAGUAAUUCAUCUCAUAAAUCACGAGAAGCUCUGAAAGAGUUAUACUCGCGUUAUAAUUUGGCGUCCAAAGAUGGUUCUUUCAUCAAACCAGCUCCUCACAGCAAGGAAAAGAGAAUUAUUACACUGAAUGCGAAUCAUAAUCCUAUUAAAGAGAUUCAGAAUCAAAAAUUGGAAGCAAACACCGGUGGAGUACUGCAAAAGGAAAUAGAAAAUGGAAAAAACAAAACCUCAAACAAAAUUGCUUGUAAAAUUGAAGCUCCACCUCGUCAAGCUAAUAUCUCUACGAAAGAUGAUAUUCAAGAGAACUUGGAAAGAAAGCAGCCAAAAAAUAUGAACGCAGUGGAAGAAAAACUCAAACUCGCUUCUAUAUCAGUUCGCAGUACUGGUGAAGAUGAAAACUACGUUGGCGAAAAUACGGAAGAGUUUCACCUGAAUUUGGACUCAUGCAUGGACAAAUUUGAAGAGGAGGACUACGACUUUCGAGGAGUGGUCACUCGCAGGUCUAUCCAGACUCCCACAGAACACGGGGAGCAGGACAGUUCGGUGAGAGCAGCGAGGACUGCGGACUCUCAGAGGACUAUUGGGACACUCACUGAGCGAGAGGGAGGGAAGUCGAAGGCGAACGAAGCAGAUGAAAUAUUAUGGGUUUCACCGGAGAUUAAUAACUGGCAACCACAAAAUGAAGACCACCCAGGCAUUGAAAAAAAUUACACCCGCCGCCACGACAUGUUUGGAGCUGAGCUACAAGUGACAGAAAACGACGACGAAGAAGAAAACUUGGACGAGUACUUGAGUCAGUUAGAUUUGAACACGUCCUUCAACGAGUACUGUCUCAAUGACGUCAUGACCCGAAUCGAGUCCUCACACAGUUCGUCUCUGAGCAGUGCCGCAUCACUAUGGGAAGACGAUGAUUUUGCGAUGGAAGCUACAGAUCGAGUCUGUGAGAUAUUCCAAUCAAUUGAGAAACUCCUCUACAAUGGAGUUAGGGGCCGCGACAUCCCGGAUCGAAUAGUGACUGAGUGUGGCGACUGGCGACUCCUCUUUCCCCAACUGCGACUCGAAGGCCUAGGUCGGCGGAGAAACCCUGAGUUUUCGGAAGAGCUGUCAACGUCGGCAAUGCUUGCCAAUGAGGGGGUGAUAUUCACAGAACCCAUGGUGUCAUCGCGGAAGAAACUGGGCCAGAAGUCAUCAAAAAGGGACGCUGUGGCGUCCAAGUCAUCAACCAUUAAAAGCCUGAGCAUCGACGGCAGCAGCAGUACCCUGCACCCCUUUCCCCGUCUGGUGCGCUCCUUCGACGACUUCUCCCCCUCCACCAUCCCCCUCACCCACGAACAGAUGGUCGAACAGGUGUUCGUACAGGAGGGGGAGAUGGAGGAACUCAUUGCAUUCGACCAGCAGGAACCCCCUCAUUCAACGUGGUCUGAGCAGCAAGAGAAGUUCCAUGUGCCUCGAAAGAAAUCAGGCAUUCCUCCAGUGACUCCUUUUCCCUUCAGAAGUGACGAAAUUCACAGGGAAUUAUUCCACGCCACUUGGAAAGAGGUGACAUCGUCACUUCAAAAGUAUAUGCAGCAGAGAAUAGCCGGAUUGACCUCUGCCGCUCUUCGCGACCUAAUGGUGAGUCCGGACUCUAACCCCCUGAUGAACAAGUUCCUCGACAGUCAGCCAGACAUUAUGGCCUAUCAAGACCAGACGAGCAAAAAGGCCACAGAGAGGCUGAAGAGAAUGAAUGUUAAUGUGCCAAGUGGGACUGAAGGCGAAAACAAAGAAGAGGAGAUACAUGAAUAUGAUGAUUUAGUUGGAGUUGAGUCAAGACCCUCGACUGUGCAGAAUGAUUACAUUCUACCUAGAGACACGGGAACGGCAGAUACAGAAGAUCCGCGGAGAUCAUAUGCAGAUACAUAUGAACGAACACAUGCUGACAAACCAGGAGACAUUAGCGUAAAACAAAACUCAUCAUCGGCAGAACCUCUAUACAAACUUGAUCCGACAAGAAACGCAAACUCGUCCAGUUUCCAACGCAGGGACAUCGUCAUCAACAAAACCAGGAAAGAAUCCACGUCAAUCAAUAAAACUUUCAGCAAACUGUCUCCCCCCAGAACACAACCUACAACCUCAUCAACUAAACGAAAAUCCCGCAUUUUCUCAGGCAUUAUCGGUGGCCAAACCCAAACCCAAACCACGAACAAACAACAAAACACAUCUCUAUCAAAUAAAAAUAAACAGUCUCUCAGUAGUACCAUCAAAGAAACAAACAACUCAAAGUCGACAAGUUUGACUCGAAAAAGCGCAAUAAAACAUGUAAGCCAAACGGACCAGGGACCUGUAGACGUAAAAGGAAAAAAUAACAACAUAACACCCCCAUCAACGUCAAAUUCCCAAAAUAGCUCUAACUCUACAGUCGUCGAGGGGGGAAGGAUUUCCCAGUUGGUGGGGAAAGUCGACAAGGAAAGAAAGCCGAUGGUUCGGUACUCGGAUACGGCGCCAGCCGAAGCAGUACGGCCGACACAUAAGUUUGGGCUGAGUUCUUUGAACAAGGGUGGACUACCGAGCAAAUUCGAGAACAUUCAAAGUUCGCCCCUCCAAGGACCUCUGGUUGGAAAGGCGACUAGAAUUUACUCAAAGCAGAAGGCAGGAGUCUUCAAAACUCCAACAUCCAAGACGGCCGACGAAACUCAAACGAAACUGAACAAAUCGAACUCAAGCAGAAGAAAGAACGCACUUUAUUAUGUAUGAUGAUUGAAUGAACAUAUUGAAACUCAAAUUCCCUAAUUUAUGGUGCUAUGUUCCCGUUCACCUUUAUCGUAAAAAUUGAGU